AGCUUUCCUCCUAUAGAAAAGUUCGAUCUGAACGGGACAGCUCCGGCGGGUGGGCAGCGGUUCGGGAUCCAGGUGUGCCAUAAGACCGAGAACUGAGAUUUCCCAUUCUGCCUCAAAGCCCUCUCCAGUUCAUGCCCUGUCCAUCUUCUUCUUCUUUGCGUCCCUCUGCUCAUCCUCCUAAAUCACGCUGCUGCAUUAAGUCUGGUUGUUGACCGUCAUGGCUGCCGCUGCCGCUGUUCUACUCCUGGCUCUCUCCUCAUCAGUCUCCCUCACAGUGGCGGUACUUUUUAACGAGCCUAGAAUUUACGGAGAUGAUGCUACUGGAUACGGCCCCAUCUUUGAGGAGGAGCCGGUGGACGUGGUGUACAGCGAGGACUCUCCUGACGGCAGGAUCUCCAUGAACUGCAGGGCCCGAGCAAACCCCCCUGCUUCAUACAGGUGGCGCCGUGAUAACUGGGAGAUCAAGCUGAUGGAGCAGCCGGAUGAGCACUACAGCCUGGUGGGGGGGAACCUGGUGGUCACCAACCCCAGACAGAAGAAACACGCCGGGACAUACAUCUGCGUCGCCAGGAACAUCUACGGCACCGUCAUCAGCAAGGAGGCCAGGGUCAAGUUUGGAUUUGUGGAGGAGUUUCCCCAGGAGGAAAGAGACCCGGUUUAUGUGAAGGAAGGACAGGGGGCCGUCCUGCUGUGUGUCCCCCCCAAAGCCUGGCCACAGGAGGUGACCUACCGCUGGAUCUUCAACGAGUUCCCGGUGUUCCUGUACACGGACCGCCGCCGCUUCGUCUCCCAGAAGAACGGGAACCUGUACAUCUCCAAAGUGGAAGCUCAGGAUGCGGGAAACUACUCGUGCUUCGUGUCCAGCCCCAUCACCGGGAAGAGCGUGUUCUCCAAGUUCAUCCCCCUCAUCCCCUUACCCCCCGAGGAUGGUGAGGAGAGAAAAUACCCAGCAGACAUCAGGGUGAAGUUUCCCGACACGACUGCCAUGCUGGCUUCUAAUAUUACUUUGGAGUGCUUCGCUCUGGGAAACCCCAUCCCUGACAUUGUUUGGAGGAAGGUGGACCACACAGACCUGCCACCCAGUCAUGAGAUCAGCGAAUCAGGAGCCGUGCUUCACCUGUACAACGUGCAGUACGAGGACGUGGGGGGGUACGAGUGUGAAGCCAUCAACACUAAAGGGAAGGACUGGCACAAGGCCUGGCUGUAUGUGGAGUCUGCUCCGGAGUGGGCAGAAACCAUCAACAACACUCAGAUCGACAUCGGCUCGGAGCACACCAUGCGCUGCGUGGCGUCAGGAAAGCCUUUCCCGUUCAUCCGCUGGUACAAAGACGGAUACAUGUAUGGGAAAGGGGAGUUGAAGUUUUCCAGUCUCACUUUUGAUGACUCAGGAAUGUACCAAUGUCUCGCUGAGAACUACUGGGGCAUAAAAUACGCCAACGCUGAGCUGAGGGUCAUCGCGUGUGCUCCUACGUUCGAGUUUAACCCCGUGAGGAGGCAGCUUCUCGGAGCUAAAGAUGGCCGCGUGCUGAUCGAGUGUAAACCCAGAGCUGCUCCUAGAGCUAAGUUCACCUGGAUGAAGGGCAAGGAGCUCCUCUACAACAACUCAAGGAUUUCCGUCAUGUGGGAUGGGACUCUGGAGAUCAUGAACUCCACGGAAAACGAUGCAGGACUCUACAGCUGCUUUGCAGAGAACGACAGAGGAAAGGCCAACAGCUCUGGCUAUCUCACUAUCACAGAGCCUACCAUCAUCACAGAACCACCUGAGGACACUGAGGUGAAGGUUGGUGAUGAGGUGAUCCUGAGGUGUGGCGCUUCAUUCGACCCCAUGCUGGACGUCACAUUCAUCUGGACCAUCGACUUCAGGAUCAUCGACUUUCACUCUGAGUGGGAACACUACGAACGCGUUUUGAGUGAAGAUGGCAGCGGUGAUCUGAGAAUAAAGAAUGUCCAGAUUUGGCACGAAGGUCGCUACGCCUGCACCACUCAGUCAGUGGUGGACAGCGACUCUGCAUACGCUGACCUCAAGAUUGUUGGUGUUCCUGGGCCUCCCGGGGUGAUCCGAGUGGAUGAGAUCGGGGACUCAUGGGUGAAGUUAUUAUGGACUAAAGGGUCAGAGCAUAACAGCCCCAUCCUCUCCUACACCAUCCAGACCAGACACUUCUGGUCCCUGAAUGAAGACGACUGGAAGGACGCCAACACUUCUCCAACCUUUCUGGAUGGCCAUUCUGAGAAGGCAGAAGUCACAGCCCUGUACCCCUGGAUGGAGUAUCAGUUCAGGAUCAUCGCCACCAACGAGCACGGCUCCGGGGAGUCCAGCAUCCCCUCCCUCAUGAUCAAAACCUGGGACGCUCAACCAGUGGUUUCUCCCACUGAUGUGGAGGGUUACGGAGGUAGAAAUGGUGAGAUCGUCAUCACAUGGACUCCUGUGGAGCCUUGGUAUUUCUCCGGCAAAAAGUUUGGCUACAUCGUGGCAUUCAAGCCUCACGACGCGUACGACUGGUGGUACGAGACCAUUUCGGACCCCGAGACGAGGCGGUACGUUCACAGGGACUCUUACUUCAUUCCCACAGAAGAAGAUUUCCAGGUCAGAGAGUUUCAGGUGAAGAUCAAGUCUUUCAACGCGAAAGGAGAUGGACCAUACAGCCUCACCAAGGUCAUCUACUACCCAAGAGAUGUACCGAUAGAGUCUCCAACAGAUAUCUACGCCAGGCCUGUUUCCUCCACUGAAGCUCUGGUCUGGUGGUUGCCUGUGAUGGACACUGGUACCGGCCUACAGCAGUACAUUGAGGGAUACCAGGUGAAAUACUGGAGAAAGUACGAUGAUCCGGAGCCAGGAGCACACCGUAUAUUUGUUUCAGCCUCAGUGAACCAGACCCGGUUGGAGAACAUGCUGCCCGACUCUCACUACCUUAUUGAGGUCCGGGCCUUGAAUGGAGCUGGCCUCGGACCCCCUGGUGAACACUGCGAGAUGUUCACAAAGAGAGCACCCCCACCAGACCCUCCCAGGAUGUGGCGCUAUGUUACCUGGACAGGACAGUGGUUGUAUGUGUGGUGGGAUCACAUCUCGUAUGACUGGUUUGGCGAUAUUUCCUUCCCCCUUUACUACAAGGUUAUGUUCAGAAAGACAGGCUACAUCUAUGGAAAAGUCUAUAUGACUGGCUGGCACUUCAUGGACUUCCCCAUGCCUCAGAUGGGAGACUUUGAGCUGUUGGUACGCGGACGUUAUGAAGGAGGGGAUGGCCCAGUCAGGAUGAUUAGUAUCAAGGGUGAAGCACCAACCAUCACACCCACUCUAAGCCUGGCGUCUAUGGUGCUGCUGGCGCUCGGCGUUGUGGGAUUGGAAAUUUAAGCUCUGCCUCAAGUGACAUGUGUAUAUAAUAGACUCUGGGGAUUACAUUUGAAUAGAAGGGAUCCAGUUUUCACUUCCAAACACUCUGAUAGUGGUUAAAAUCAUGUAUCAUGCAUCUGUUCUGUUGCAACAGGAAGUUGUUUUUCACCAAAAAAAGCAUUGGGUGUUGAACCCAACACUUAGUAAGGAUGUGCUUCAUCUCCUAAAUGAACACAACUUUGCUGUAUAACUGAGUAAGACUUCUGUACUGGAUGAUAUGUCUCAAGAGAAAAUCUAAAUAAACUGUCUUAUCCAUUUUUCAAGCCAAAACGAAUGAACCAAUAAUAUUUGUUAGAUGAUGUGAUUAAGCUCUACACAAACUGUGUUCAUAUAGAAAAAAAAGUCAUCCAGGAUCCAGAUUUUUUUUAUGGCACAGUCCUAUCACCAGUACAAUGCGUCUUAUGUUGGACUUCAUCACUGUUUCCUGUUGGAGUUGAAACUGGAAAGCGGUGCCAAGGUAAAAUUUAACGCAUCCAUUUCUCACAGGGUCAAGCAAUGAAAAGCACUGUAUGAUAUUCACCGCAUUUGGAAUGAGCAGAGAAUAAUGUGUGACUGUUGCACAUACAAUAUCACCUAUUCUAAACAAACAUAUUCUUCAUAAUCUCUUUUGUUCAUCUUUUUUUAAGUACAUUUUUUUCCUACAUGUUCCAUGGUGCUGUAUUACAGAUACAGAAGAUGCUUGCUAAAUUGUUCAUUUAAAUCUCCAUCCUCACUAGUACUAUAUGCAUAGACAAUUUAAGAGUUAUGAGUUCUAGCUGCAACAAUGAAAGCCAUAUCACUUUGAAUGAAGCCAGGGUUGGAAGAAAUAUCCGUAUAUCACAUAUAUGUAAGUUCCUUUAUGUCAGGCUGCAAAACCAUUAAACAGAGUACAACAAUCUGGAUCAUGUCAUUGGUUUAGCCAUUUUAAAAUAGCCAAGUACUGGUGCUCCUUUCAUUACAGUGGGUUCUCAGAAUGAAAAGAUCAAACAAUUUGAACUCGAGACAAAUUACCAAAUCACUUUUUUGCUACUACUGCAAUUUAUCCAAUGCAGUGUUUGGAGUUCAGGAAGAACUAUAAUGUCAUGCCAGCAAACUGAAAUGUGAUGUGUGAUUU